AUGAGACUCUCCACUCUCGGUUCAGCCCUUGUGGGCCUGGCUGUCGCGCAGGCAUCGACCAUCAAUUACACUGCGGUCACAGGUUACUUUCUGCAGGAUGAGGACUCAACCGAUGCCUCUACAUUUGACUAUACGGCGGAGAACUUUGGCCUGAUCGGCCGCGCAUAUCCCGCAGACAAGGACUACAGAGAAAUCGAGUCUCCAACUCAAUGGGAGCGCUUCUACCACCAGGUCACCAAUCUGAAUGAGCAUUCCCCUCCGCACAUCGAGUACAAAGUUCUGUUCCUUGGUCGACAUGGGGAAGGGUGGCACAACGCCGCCCAAACCUAUUAUGGAACACCAGCGUGGAACUGCUACUGGUCCGAACUCAGUGGCAACGGCACAGCAAGCUGGGCAGACGCGGCCCUCACGCCCGGCGGUGUGACCCAAGCGCUGAAAGCAAAUGAGUUCUGGCAAAAGGAGAUAAACGAACAACGAAUCCACACCCCAGACCAGUACUACGUCAGCCCACUGACACGCACUCUCCAAACCGCCAACCUAACUUUUGGGGAUCUGGACCUGCCCGAGCACAGUGCUAAAUUCAAGCCGACCGUCAAGGAACUCUUCCGCGAAGGAAUCAGCAUCCACACCUGCGACCACCGCCGCAGUCGCAGCUACAUCCAUGACCUGUUCCCCCACUGGUCCAUUGAGCAGGGGCUCACCGAGAAUGACGAGCUGUGGAAUGGCGUAACGGCUGAGACUAGUGAUGCACAGGAUGCUCGUAGUGCCCAGGCCUUGGGACAAGUUUUCUUUAACUUGUCCAAGAAGAAGUCCUUUGUGUCGAUUACGUCGCAUUCGGGUGAAAUCUCGUCUAUUCUGAGGGUGAUUGGACACCGGACCUUCGGAUUGAGCACCGGUGCUGUUAUUCCGGUGUUGGUCAAGGCCGAGAGGAUUGGAGGCAAGGCCCCUAUUACUUCUUCUGUGCCUUGGGAGGUGAGCCCGCACUGCACCGAGCCUCCGGUUGCAUCGGCUACGGCUUGUGUCUGUCCUUCCAGUGCGGCACCUGUUACGACGCCCUUGGCUACCGGAUUUUAA